UUCUCCGGGAUACUGAUCCCACAUCAGAGUUUUGGUGUCGCAGAGCGAAUUGGCCGCACAUUCAGUCUACAACCAAUUGAUGGUAUCUUUGGAAUGGCUUGGCCGAAAAUUGCGAGCGAUAACAUUGAACCACCACUGCAGCGAAUAUUGAGAAAGUUUGGAGAGCCAAUGUUCACAGUGUGGAUGAGCAGAUCAGCUGAUAUUGCAUUGGGUGGUGUGGGUGGAGUGGUGACAUACGGCGGAUUCGAUUCGGUUCAUUGUAGUGCGAAUAUCUCAUGGGUUAAUCUAACCGCUCAAACAUUUUGGCAAUUCUCUAUUCAAGGCUAUUCGUUGGGCAACGUUUCGUCUGCAGUAGAACAACAAGCCAUUUCUGAUACAGGUACUUCGUGGAUAGGUGGACCGAGAAAGGAUAUCGACAGAAUGCUAACCGCUUUGAAUGCUAGUUUCAGUUCGCGUUUCCAUGUCCACACUCUGGAUUGUUCACGACGAUUCGAUGCUCCUGAUCUCGUUUUUAAGAUCGAUUCUCAACUGUACGCUAUACCGUCUUAUGAAUACAUUCUUAAUGCACGCCUUGAAGAUGACCGGUGUAUGGUGACAUUGUUCGUGAAAGAUGACUUUGACGAUGACGUGCCUCGGUGGACAUUCGGAGAUACGUUCAUUCGAACAUAUUGCAACGUUUACGACUUCGGUGGGAGUCGGAUUGGAUUUUCGAAAGCCAAGCAUAAUAAUGAUGUUGUGCACAGAAAGUAUUCUUGA